GGAAGCGAAGAGGUCCUUUCCCCCGCAGACUCCAACAUGGCAAGAGGACCGAAGAAGCACCUCAAGCGCGUCGCAGCGCCGAAGCACUGGAUGCUGGACAAGCUCACUGGAGUCUUUGCUCCUCGUCCCUCCACCGGUCCCCACAAGCUGAGGGAGUGCCUGCCCCUCAUUAUCUUCCUGAGGAAUCGUCUCAAGUACGCCCUGACCGGAGAUGAGGUGAAGAAGAUCUGCAUGCAGAGGUUCAUCAAGAUCGACGGCAAGGUCCGCACCGACAUCACCUACCCAGCUGGAUUCAUGGAUGUGAUCAGCAUUGAGAAGACCGGCGAGCACUUCCGUCUGAUCUACGAUGUGAAGGGACGUUUCACCGUCCACCGCAUCACCGCUGAGGAGGCCAAGUACAAGCUGUGCAAGGUGAAGAAGAUCAUGAUUGGCACCAAGGGAAUCCCCCACCUGGUGACCCACGACGCCCGCACCAUCCGCUACCCCGACCCCCUGAUCAAGGUCAACGACACCAUCCGCAUCGACCUGGACACCGGCAAGAUCACAGACUUCAUCAAGUUUGACACCAGUAACCUGUGCAUGGUGACCGGCGGCGCUAACUUGGGGCGUAUCGGUGUGAUCACCAACAGGGAGCGUCACCCCGGAUCCUUCGACGUGGUGCACGUGAAGGACAGCACCGGCAACAACUUCGCCACCAGGCUCUCCAACAUCUUCAUCAUUGGCAAGGGCAACAAGCCGUGGGUGUCCCUGCCCAGAGGAAAGGGAAUCCGUCUGACCAUCGCAGAGGAGAGAGACAAGAGGCUGGCCGCCAAGCAGGGCAGCAGCUAAACACAGGACAGAGAAUAAAACUGUUAUUUACAAAA